AUGGGUAUCCAACACCGUGAUCAGACGCAGGAUGCCUUCUUAAGUACUAUCAAUCCACUCAUUCAGGAAUUUGGACCACUUCAAGUACUUGACGAUUUGAUUCACUUACGAGCUGCUGAUUCUGUUCAGUAUCCGAUUCUUGCAUAUCCUCGUUCCGUGAGUGAUGCGGCCCCGUUUGACUAUUAUACUGGACAGGACUUGGAUGAUAUGAUCAACCACACCGUUACUAGUCUAAUUGACGACGGGUUCAAUCCGGGAUGA